AUGGGAUAUAGAUUAUCUGAUCCUAAGAGAUUUGGAUUAGCCAGAACAUCAAAAUAGAGAUGGCAUUUGUGGAGAACUCAAAUGACCCAAUUAGUGACACAUGAACGUAUUCACACUACUUGGGCCAAAGCCAGAGCACUCCAAUUUGUAGCUCAUAAGACAUUCAAAAUGGGAUAAGAUGCCAGCAAAAAUAGAGGCAAUGCUAUCAAUAGAUUAAUGGGUAUUCUAACUACUAAAUUUGCUAUUAAGAAGCUCAUUAAUGAAAUCGUACCUAAAUUCAAAGAUCCAAAAGAAUAAGUGUUUAAAGUUGUAGAAACCAAAAGAAGAAGAAGUGAUUUCGCUAGAAUGGGAUAUAUUGAGUUUACAAAGAAUGAAAUUGCCAAAUAUGAAGAAUCUUAAUAAAAGUAAUUGUAGGAGACAGGUAAGAUUGUGGAUAUCAGUAAAUACAAUAAAACAUGGUUGAUAGAAGAGAGAGACUUCAUUAAAGAUAAAUUAGACUAAGCCCAAUCUAGAUUUGAUGCUCUCUAAGCUGAUCCUAACACUCCCAGUGUUGAAAUUAAAAGAGCAGAUUAGGAUGUUAAAUUUUUCAAACGCAAACUAGAAACCGUUGAAAAGGACCUUUGGAUUGAAAAUAAGAAUCCAUUAGAUAUGAGAAGAUAUUUCAGAAUUUAUUGAUAUAAGGAGAUGCAUUAUUCCUAUCAACCAAUCUUGC